AUGUUUUUGCGCCCCGAGAAAGACAUCUUGCAACGGCUAGACGACAUUCCGAGGGUCGAACCCGAACCUGACGAAAGACGAGACCGGAUCAUCGUUGGGAAGGCCGUCGAGGAGAAACUGUCCGGUCUAGGAGAGGAUGUCAAGGACCUUGUCACAGAGGAACUGUCCCGGUCAGCACAAGGGAGCGCUAUAUGGAUAAAAAUGGUAGUCGAACUCCUCGAGAUGCGCCAGGUUCGAGCGCUCACUCCUAUGAGAGCUUUUCUGGACCGAUUGCCACAACCUGACCAGCUUUCACAGCUUUAUAGUAGCCUUCUCUCUUGCCACACCUCAGACGACCUGCAGAAUCAGGGGCUCGCCAUCUCAGCCUUGGAGACUUUCGCCAUCAGUCGAAGACCUCUUACCAUACUGGAGGUCGCUUGGGCAGCCACCCUGAGCUGCGCCAAGGAGGACGUUACCUCUGUGGCUGCUCUUGCUGGGUUGGUGGAUCACCAGAGGGUUAUGGCAUUGAUACGACCGUUCGUGGCUUUGGUUGACUUUGACGAUACCAAGAGAUGUCAAGUCCGGCUUGUCCACCAGUCAGUGGAGGAGUUCGUCCUGGAGGGAUGGACCUCGACGCGACACGGCCUGCAACACUCGGACACCUCGCCGACCACAGACGACGCGCAAGUUAAGCACACUGCCCGGCGCUUGGAGGCGAGCAUCUUGAAUAAUUGCAUCAGGUAUCUCUUGCUAGUUGAGAUCGGCCUCAACUACCUGUUCUCCGAAGGACAAGAGGCAAUUGAAGCUAUGCCUCAAGAAUACGACUUGUUCGGCGACCAUGAUGAGCCUGCCAACUACGAUCCGACCGUGACGUGGGAGACGUGGGAGGAAAACAUGGUUCGGUACGAUCCGUCAGAACGUGGCCUCGGUGAGCUUUUCGUCUAUGCAUCUUGUCAUUGGGUUGAGCAUUUUGGUGCCGUCGAAGUCGAUUCGCCACCAGGUCUGGCGAGCAUAGAAACGCUGUGUCAAGCAGGCUCACUUCGACUCAAAAAUUGGACUGAACAAUUCACGCGCCCGCAAUGUACAAUCCAACGGCGAUUCGUCUUCGACAGCCGCCUCUAUGAUCCUCUUAGUAUCACCUCUCUGUACGGCUCGGAAGCCAUGCUUCAAAUGAUGCUCGAGGGCUCCGACUUUAGCACGGUCAAAUUCCUUCCCAACUCGCCUAUGGUGGUCGUCGACCAGAUACUCCGGUGGGGUGACAAGUCCAGAAUCAAGCUGCUCUUUCUCAUCAUGAGAGCCUGGUCCUUUUCAGGCAUGAGCGACCGAGGAUGGGACACCCUUUUUGACCUCGUUGACGGUGUGUUAGAGACAAUGAUUCGCGAGUCGUGGGGAAGCGAACUCUUGCAGCCCGGCACAAUCCAGAGCUCAGGGCUGAACUCUUGCACGGCUGCCAACGAACAGCAGGCUCUGCGAUCUACAUAA